CGGGCGGCAUCGCAGCGGUGGUGGGGAAUCCCGCGGACCUGUCUCUCAUCCGCAUGCAGUCUGACGCUCUAUUACCUGAGGCAGAGCGACGCGGCUACAGGCACGUGUUCCACGCGCUGCGCGUGAUCGUGGCGGAGGAGUCGUCGGCGGGCCUCUUCAAGGGAGCCGCCGCUACGGCGACGCGCGCCAUGGCCCUCAAUUUCGGCAUGCUGUCCUUCAGCUCGAAGGCGAAGGAGCACAUCGCAAGCCUGGGAUACGCGCCCGGGGGGGGCGCACAGAUCUUCGGGGCUGCGGCUGUCGGCGGCUUCUUUGGUGCAUUCUUCUCGCUGCCGUUCGACUUCGUGAAGACGCAGAUACAGAAGAUGAAGGCAGACCCGGUCACCCAGCAGAUGCCCUACAAGGGCCCCGUGGACUGUGUAGUCAAGACAAUGGCUGCUGGUGGGCCGCUUCGGUUUUACGCCGGCUUCCCCACGUAUUUCAUGCGAACCGCCCCCCUCUCGAUGAUCACGCUGGUCGCGCAGGACUUCGUGAGGAAUAUGUGGGCCAAGGUUGGUCUGUGAAGCAGCUGCUCGCGCGCCA